AGGACCUGUAUGGGCGCUGUGAACUUCAGUUCCGCCACCUGUGCGCGACUGCGCGUGUAUUCAGUAGGAUGAGCGCGUGAUAGAGAGCGCGCACUCACACGGCUGUUUUAAACGGAUCUGUGCCGGGAUGUCAGCAGCUACUAGCGUAAACUCAUUCAAAAUCGGUAACGGUGUAGAGUACGAACCGGACAAAAAUCGAUCGAUACGUAGAGAGCUUUCUAUUGAAUACUCACGCAAUGAACUGGAUAGUAUGGGCACUUCUAGAGACGUGGAUUUUAAGACCUCAAGGGGAAGCGUCAAAAGAACCUCAGCAGCUUCUGAAGAUAAUAUACCCACAGUGUUGGCUAUGCAGCUGGCUAUGGUGGAAGGGCCAGAUCGACUUCCUGCUGACACGGGCACACAGGAAGUACUGUGCAGGAAACUCUGUGUGCUGGAAGCUGACCUCACAGAGGUCACCAACCUAAUCUCUGAAUUGUCAGCACAUUUGGUGUCCCUUAACAGUGGCGAAAGGACUAUAUACAUCACUUUUAAAUCCUUGGAAGAAAUUUGGAGGUUUAGCACAUACUGCAGAAUGGGCUUCUUGGGUCAGUGCAUGGAAAAUCUUCUCAUGGACCAGGAGUUUUGGUUAAUGUCCCUCGAACAGGAUUCAGGAAUUGAAAUCUCAAUUCAAGAAGAGGAACUGAAUCUGAUGUAUAAAGGCUUUCUAAUGCAGGAAGGGUCCUUUUUUGGCUGCUGCACUGCAAAUCAGAUGUUCGAUAGCUCUACAUCAGGUAGCGACCUUUACUUGGAAAAGGGAGAUAUUGCUCUGUUCGAACCUCCAUUCUUAGGAUCAGGAUGGACAGUGCUGUCCCUGGCUGAUGGAUCUAGAGGAACCAAACCAAAACCAGCUCUGGAACCGGUCAUUCCUUUUCAUGAGUGGUUUUUAAAGUCAUGUCCAGAGAGUAUAUUAGUGGGUGGAGGAAAGCACACUACUGACCUUCCAUUCCAGAUUGCAGUAGGAGUGUGUGAGACGAAAGAGGACUAUGAUGCUGAUGGGCCAGAUGAACUGAGCUUUCAGGCUGGAGACCACAUCAUCAUCUUGGGCUUGCUGGUGGGCUGUUUUGAGUGGUUUAUGGGGAAAUUGGAGAGAACUGGUGAUAUUGGACUUGUCAAGACCAGUAUGGUCAAAGCAACAGAUUCUGUUUGUGAAUCAUCUGAAAUUUACUUGAAAGAUGAGGACAGGCGAAUUGUUGCAUUGGACGAGGAGAAAAUUAAAGAAGAGACUAUUACCUUAUUGAAGAAAGCAUGCCAAUGUGAUGUCGGCACAAAAUACAAACUUGAUCUGACAAGAGAAAUUCCAGGAACAGUUCAAAACAAGAGUCAUCAGAUAGAAACAAACAACCCAACACAAAAAGUCAGCCACAUUUUGAGUGAAAUAAAUGAGACUCCAAAAAAAGACGUAUCAUCAAACAGCAACAAGCACCAAACACAGAAUGAAGCCGUUGAUAAAGCAUCCGAGGGGACCCAACAUUUUUCUGUCUGCUUAGACCAGGACAGCACAUGUCGAGAUGGACAUCAUGCUCUCCUCUCCUUCCUGAACAGCUGUGACUUCCAGCCAGAGUUUCAACUCCUUUACAGUGCUUACCCAGAAUUCCUCAUCUCACAUUUCCACGGUCACCGUGAUGAAGGGGAUAUAGUGGCAUAUUUAAGUGAAGCCCGAGAAUUGGCACAAAAGAGACGCCUCUCAUGGGCGCAGAGUCGAAUCUGUUUCCUCCUUGGGCAGCUUUGCGCAGGAAGGUCAAAGUUCUCUCAGGCCCGUGUUUACUAUGAGGAGGCUUUAAGUGCACCCAGGGAUUAUUUUACAGACAUGUUUCUGCUCUGUGCUAUUUACUCCAACCUGGCCCUCAUCUACCUAACACAGAAAAACCAUAAAAAAUUCUUCACUUUGUCCGAACGCCUUUCUGCCGUGUUAAUGGCAGUUCCUAACUGUCUGUUCGGCUGUGAGGAGCCUGAGAUAUUAAAGUAUGUUUUGAAAAAAGCCAUCCUGGCCAAGAACAAAUCUGCAGAGGCCCGAGCCUGCUUUCUUUUGGCAAAACUCCAUUUGAAGCUUCAAGACGGUACGAGCGCAAUCCCGUUCAUUGAAAGGCUUCAGAUUCUUGCUGAUGAGGUUUCCGUGGCUUGUGAUGCGACAUGGAGCCAUGCUUCCCUUGUGUUAGCAAGACUCUACAGCGACCAGUGUCUGCCACAUUUGGCUGAAAGUUGUGCACGUCGAGCAUCACUUAAGGUGGGAGCCACUGUAUCACAUUGUCUUUGCGGCAUCUCGCUGUUACUGGAAAAUGCAUCGGAGCUGUCCGGAGUAACCAUCCCAACUCAAGUGGCUCCUUAUCUGACCCAAGCCGCCGCCUUAGUGUCCUCCAAUGAGGAUCCGGCUCUCUGUCAUGCCCAUGCCCUGUGCUUAUCCUGGCUCUUCCACAAACACGGCAUGCCCGACAGAGCUGUCCGUUACAUGCGCACCUUCCUUGACCACCAAACCAUCAAACAGACAGAUGCCACCGAUGCUCUCAUGUGGUUGGCAUGGCUAUACAUCUGCAACCAGCAACCCGACAGAGCUCUGGAGGUGCUGGAUGGUGUGCUGUCGUCACUCCCUGAGCACUGCACCACUCAGCUGGAAGGCGUGGUGUACAACAUGCGUGCCAUCGCGUACAGACGUUCCUCGGACAUUCGGCAAGCUGCUGACAGUUACCAGGCUGCAACUGAGAUAUGCGAGGAGUUUGAGGAUAGACAUAACUGGGCCAUAGUGCUGGCCAAUUUCGGGUUCAUGUGUUUGCAGGUCAAGGCAAACAGGUUAGCGGAGGAAUACCUCACCCGGUCAGUAGAGCUGUUCUCAGAGCUGGAGGACGAAGGACAUGAACUGAGUUUUAUUUCCGUGCUUCUUGAGUUGGGGAGAUACUUCAUUUCCAAGGGAAGCUAUGAGAGUGCGAAGAUCUAUUAUGAGUGGGCCCUGCUGAUCGCUAUUCAUAUUGACGACAUGGAAAGCCAGCUGGGAGCCAUACGUCACCUGUGCCACCUGUAUGAAGAGGUGUGUCCAGAUGAAGCCCAGUGUAUCAUCUACAAUGAGCACCAACUGAACCUCUUACAGCAGAUUGGAGAUAAGAGGUUAGAGGGAGAGAUACUAGAGAAGAUCAGUCAGCUGUACCUAAACCUGGGCACAGAGAGAGCCAACAGGACUGCUUUAGAUUACACCAAGCGCAGCCUGGGCAUCUUCAUCGACUUGGGCAGGAAAAGGAAGGAGGCUCAUGCCUGGUUACAGGCUGGAAAGAUUUACCACAUCCUCAAACAGACCGAGUUAGUGGACCUUUACGUACAGGUAGCCCAGGACAUGGCCCUCAGCACAGGAGACACACUCUUCACCCUGGAGCUUUUGGAAGUAGCCGGAGAUGUGUUCUUCAACAGCUCACGAGACAGAGAGAAAGCCAUCUGCUUUUACAGGGACCGGGCUCUUCCCAUUGCGGUGAAGACAAGCAGCGUGCGCUCUCAGCUCAGACUGUGUAACAAACUUUCAGAGCUCCUGCUACAGUUGAGACAGUUUUCAGAGGCCAUUGAGUUCGCUCGCACUGCGUUAGACAUUAGCGUGAGUCUGGCUGACCAUUUAAAUGAGCGUGUGGCUUUCCAUCGACUCGCCACGUUGUAUCAUUGUCUGGAACAGUAUGAAAUGGCAGAGCACCACUUUUUAAAAGCCCUUUCCUUGUGUCCCUCACCCCUGCAGUAUGACGAGGAAGCUUUGUAUUAUGUCAGGGUUUACCAAACACUAGGAGACAUCAUCUUUUAUGAUCUAAAGGACCCAUUUGAUGCUGCUGGUUAUUAUCAUCUUGCCCUGGCUGCUGCUAUGGACGUGGGCAACAAGAGGUCUCAGUUAGAGCUGUGUACUCGGUUGGCUACUGUCUAUCACAACUUUCUCAUGGACCGUGAACUCUCACUGUUCUUCUACCAGCGAGCUCGGGCAUUCGCCAAUGAUCUCCACAUUCGUCGUGUCAACUUGGAUCCAUACCAGAACUUCAGGACUACUGCACAGUAUAAAAACACAAUAUCUGGGACAACAAGAUAAAACUGAAAUUUGAUGUGACAUUUGCAUUGGCAAUCCAAUCCAAUGCAACAUUCAAGUAUAUAUUUAAUCAUUAUGGGCAUUCCCUGCACUCUCAAUGAAAGGUACAAGAAGGUACAAAAGUUGUCACUGCGGCAGUGACAGGACCUUUUUAAAGGGUACCAUCCCAGUGACAACUUUUGUCCCUUGUUUCUAAGAGUGUAAGAUGUUGCUCGCAUUGGCUCUACCACUUGAGCAACUGGACACUUCUGCUGAAUGCUGUUUUGAUUGAACUUGUCUGUGAAUUUCCGUUGUUUGCUUUUUAUUUACUAGAUGUUAUUUGAACAAGUUGAUUUAUGUACAGAAUGUCUUACUCAUGUUGAUUCUUCCAGCAAGUGUUUACUGGACUAUAAGCAAUAUAACUUUCCUUCAUUACUUGAUUUGCACUGUUUCUUAAAUAUCUCUAGAUUAAAAUCCACUCUCGAGGUUAGUCAGGAGGAUUUAUUGGCUCUAGACUGACAUUUUGUAAUGUGUUAUGAUUUUCAUGUACCAUGAACCUUUGAAUGGCACAUGCAAUUUACCUCCUAGUAAGUGAUGUCAUUGAACAGAUUUGUUACCUCGAGAGGGGUUGUUCUGUAUGUUGUAAUGACAGAAAAUGAAAGGCGUUGCACUUUUAAAUAAACAUGUUCACGGUAAGUGAAAUGACCAGCUCUGUCAAAACAUACUCACUGGUUUUAGGGUCCAGUGCGUUUGCAGCAUUUAAAUGUACAGCAUGUGCUAAAAAGAGCUGUCAGGGCUGGUACCCAUAAAAAUUGAUGCAUGUAGAAUAGCCAGACAAUAAAACAAUUUUUGAAAUAUAA